UUGCCAACCACAACCCAGACGCAAAUAAGACCCCGUUGCAUUGUGGGUAGUCAGCGGGAACAAUUAGCAGCACAUUGGAACAGGCGAAAGGCACAGCUUACCUGCUUUCAAGUACAAAGAUUUGCUGAAGCUGCGACCCGAAAACAACUUGCAAACAUGUCGAUCGGAGUCCCUAUUAAAGUUCUGCACGAGGCAGAGGGGCACAUCGUUACAUGCGAGACCAACAGCGGUGAAGUGUACAGGGGAAAGCUGGUCGAGGCGGAGGACAACAUGAACUGCCAGAUGUCCAACCUCACGGUGACCUAUCGCGACGGGCGAGUGUCUCAGCUGGAGCAGGUCUACAUCCGCGGCAGCAAAAUUCGGUUCCUCAUUCUACCCGACAUGUUAAAGAACGCGCCCAUGUUGAAGAGUAUGAAGAACAAGAACCAGGCGGCCGGGGCUGGCCGAGGCAAAGCAGCCAUCCUCAAAGCACAAGUGGCUGCCAGGGGCCGUGGAAGGGGAGGAGGCGGAAGAGGCAACAUCUUCCAGAAGAGGCGAUAACUUUUUUGCAUGCUGUUUUUUUUUCUUUUCUUUUAUUGAAACAAUUGCAUUUUAUCAUGUUCUUAAUUCCCUAAGGGCAUGGGUCAUCCUAUUUUUGUUUAAUUUUUGGUCUUUUUUAAUUUCCUAGUCAUCUUGUUUCUUUUGUCAUGUUGGUUAUUUGUAUUAAACAUUUUGAGAUGAUA